AGCUGUUAGCCCGCCAGCCACGGAGACCUUCACCCAUGUACACUUGAACGUAUAGGCAUACAUAUAUAAUAAUUUAUGUUGAAGUACUUCCCUUUUGCGUCUACACUAUUUUUGCUUCAUCUCGCAGCUGUUUUAUUUCUGCUCUGUUAACGACACUUUUGGGUCUUGCGGACGUCAUUCGACGAUAUAUGUGUUUCUCUUUUACCUGAAUGCCUUCCACAGAUUCCGCGGUGCUGCUCCGCGUCGGUGCGAGCGCCCCCGAGUGUCAGCGAACAGCGCCCUUGUCUUUUUCGCCAGACGCUGACAGGUCCUGUUUUCACUCAACUCGGCGUGAGCGAUGGUGGCGCAAAAUUCGCGCGUCCGCCUUCUUCCGUCGGUGCGUGCGACGUCGUGUGCGUUGCCUCGCGAUAACGUUUGCAGCUGUCUUGGCGUUCGAGCUGCUGCUUAUUUUUGCGGCGGCGCUCACGUUUGACUGGAUGCAGUCGUUCACCGGCACGCCGGAUGCGCUUUCGUUGCUGCAGCAAUCGCUGUUUUUCGAAGAUGAAGUGAGCUCAGCAGCAACGCGCCCGCAACUCACCCGCCGCGGCGGUGUUUGCGCCGUGUGCGCGGAGGGCCACGUUCUCUUCCGUACGAGUGCGAAUGCGGCUGUUGAUACGAAGAUCGUGGAUGCUGUGGGUCCGGUGGUAGAUGCACCGCCUACGUUGCGCCACUUUACGGUGUGUCUUGAGUCGGCGGAGGAGAGGGCCAGGGAGGCGGCGGUGCGACCACACUGUCUUUCCCCCCUCUGCGACGCCCGUGACUGUGUGGCACAGCUGUACAAUUUGGGUUUGCUCCGGCCUCCGCGCGCCAUCGAGACUUCGGUGCACAAUGCUUCGUGCGUUCAGCUAAGCGUUGCCCUGCACGUACUGGAUGACGCCGUCACCGCGUCGACGCACUGCAGCGCCGUUGUGGCUCAACUGCGGCCAUCUCGCAACGCCAGCACGCCCCAACCUGUGGAGGUUGUGAUGCCGCGACUGACCGCGUGGCCGAUGAAGCGUACAACUCGGCGCGACGACGGCGAUGACAGCCGCAGCGGAAGCAAGCCUCUCUACUUUGGCGUGGCCGCGGUGAAGGACACGGAUGUAGAUGGGGACCUACCCCCGCCAUCCGCGAUCACGGUGCAGGAAAAUGGUCGUGUUAUUACUAUCAAGUUUAAUUCUGGAAGCACCGCGUCGGGGGAUCAGACAGCCGCGUCGCCGGAUCUUCAUUGUCCCUUGCAUUUUGUGACCGUGCGGCUUGGCCGUUAUGGGCGUCAUCACAAUCAGCUGCAGGAGAUUCUAAACACUGUUGCGCUUGCCGCCCGGCUCAAUCGCACCUUCAUCAUACCGCCCUUCGUCCCCGCGUCCUACGCCGAAUUUGUGAAGCUGGACACUCGGAUUUUCUACGGCUGGCACACGCUGCGCGAGAUGGGCCACUACUGCCUUGUAACGUACGCUGAGGUGCGACCCGUUCUACUGCAGGUGUAUGCCCGCACAGGAAAACCCGCGAUGAUGACGAUGCAGCGGGUGCACAUUGCGAUCCACGCCACAGCGCAGCAAAGGUUGGCGCAGAUGUCAAAGGAAGAGGGAGAAAGACGUACGUGGGGCCAUCUGCUACGGGUGCCAGCCACCCCCACUGCGGUUACCGGUGCCGCUAGUGAUUCAGCGCCGCUGUACGACGCAGAUGAGUGGUUUGCGUGUGGCGUGCGCGACGCACUGAACGAGCAGGCCUUUCUUCGCCGUCGGGGCGAAAAAGAGGCGAAACUUAUUCUUCGUGAGACACACCCCCCUCUCACGCCGGCGAGUCUGAACAUGCAAAGGGAGGCGAACAGUACGUGUUGGGAGAGCUACUUGACAGGCGUGCGCGCCGUUGUGGAGAGGUACGGCGGCCGCAGACGACAGCGAGAGGGAGGGGAUCUUCAGGCGUAUCACGAACCGGACGUGGUGGUGCUGUCAAGUUACACCGCCUUUCAUGUCCGUCCUCGAUUGGUGGAGAUGGCGCGUCUGCUCGGUUUGCUUCGCCCGUCUCCGUAUAUCACCUCCGAAGUGGGCCGGUUCUAUCGCCUCUGGGCGCCCCAAUACAAGUGGCCCGCGUACGCAAACCCGCAACGCACCUUUGAUGACUGCCUGCAGCCGUACCGAUUUAAAAACGUAGUUGGCUUGCACGUUCGUCGUCGCGAGCUCACCUGUCAACGAGAAGUGGCACAGAUGAGCCAAACCAUCCUCUCGCUUUCAGAAGGGCUUUAUGUUCUCGAUGGCACCGGUCAACUCGAUCUUGCAGCGGGGUCUGCACCGUUUACCACGACGGUGGCGCGUCUCACCAACGACUGCGUGUGGGAUGUGCGGUCGGUGGUUCACCUGUUCUACCAGUACUCACAAUGGUUGAGUGGGCAGGAAAGCGAACCCGGCCACCGCACACUCGCCGCAUCAGGAGCAGGGGAAUUGAGAAACGACGUAGCGCCUCAGCACUACACGAGCUAUGUCGCCCACGAUGGGCAGGCGGGACCGAUCGGGCAGGAGAUGGAGGUGGCGCUCCAACACCGCUACAGCCCAGCACCGGACGAGUUACUCGCGGACGGCACGCGGCCGUCUUUCACUGCGUUCUACGAUCGCCGCUCCAGCGUAGAUUUUAGUUUGGCGUACCAACGCGCACGGGAGCGCCUUACCACACCAACGGCGGAUCCAACCAAUGCAACCGCCGUGGAGGCAGCGGCGGCGUGGGAAACGGCGCGCCUGAUCGAACUGCUUUAUCCGGUUGCGGAGCUCGAGUUGAUGGGCAUGGCCUUUGACUUCUUCAUGCUGAGCAACACAGAGGUGUUCCGCGGCAACGUCAUCUCGAGCGUGUCGAUCAACGUGUGUGUCCGCCGGUGGGGCCGCGGCCUUCCUUGUCAUGGCGUAAUGGUCGGUUACUACGAAGCGUUGUACAAAGGCUUCCUUUGA